ACUCCGCCCCCGCCUCAACCCCAGGUUCUUCCAGCUGCGGAACUGAGAACCGCAGCCCCGGCCCCGACCGGAAGCCCCACCCCGCCGCCGGAGACGCGGACUCGGGAGCGCGCACGUCAGCAUCCCGGGUGGCCGAGUCGCGUCCCGCACUCCGCACGGGCUUCCAGGAUCAUGUGGUACGUUAGCACCAGGGGCAUGGCCCCACGGGUCGACUUUGAGGGGGCCCUCUUCUCUGGCUAUGCGUCCGACGGAGGCCUCUUUAUGCCUGAGGAGCUCCCACAGUUGGACAGAGAGACCCUGUGUCAGUGGAGCACACUCUCCUAUCCUGGCCUCGUGAAGGAGCUGUGCGCCCUCUUCAUUGGCUCUGAGCUCAUUCCAAAAGAUGACUUAAAUGAUCUGAUUGACCGAGCCUUCAGCAGAUUCCAUCACAGAGAGGUGGUCCAUCUGUCCAGGUUGAGGAAUGGGCUGAACGUGUUGGAGCUGUGGCAUGGCGUCACAUAUGCAUUUAAGGACCUGUCCCUGUCCUGCACAGCACAGUUCUUACAGUACUUCCUGGAGAAGAAGGAGAAGCACGUCACAGUGGUCGUAGGAACGUCUGGGGACACCGGAAGUGCUGCCAUUGAGAGUGUUCAAGGGGCAAAGAACGUGGACAUUAUCGUUCUGCUGCCCAAAGGUCACUGCACAAAGAUUCAGGAGCUCCAGAUGACAACAGUGCUGAAGGAGAACGUCCAUGUGUUUGGAGUGGAGGGAAACAGCGAUGAGCUUGAUGAGCCGAUCAAGGCCGUGUUUGCUGAUACGGUUUUUGCCAAGAAGCACAAUCUGAUGAGCCUGAAUUCGAUCAACUGGUCCCGGAUACUGGUGCAGAUGGCCCACCACUUCUUUGCAUACUUCCAGUGUGCACCGUCCUUGGACACGCAUCCCCUACCCCUGGUGGAGGUGGUUGUGCCAACAGGGGCUGCUGGUAACCUUGCAGCUGGGUACAUUGCUCAGAAGAUAGGCCUGCCCAUCCGUCUGGUUGUGGCAGUGAACCGCAAUGACAUCGUCCACAGGACUGUCCAGCAGGGAGACUUCUCUCUGUCUGAGGCUGUUAAAUCAACCUUGGCAUCAGCUAUGGACAUUCAGGUACCCUAUAACAUGGAGAGGGUAUUCUGGCUGCUCUCUGGCUCUGACAGCCAGGUGACAAGAGCCCUCAUGGAGCAGUUUGAAAGGACUCAAAGUCUGAAUCUGCCCAAGGAACUGCACAGCAAGCUUUCAGAGGCAAUGACAUCCGAGUCAGUGUCGGAUGAAGCCAUCACCCAGACCAUGGGCCGCUGCUGGGACGAGAACCAGUACUUGUUGUGCCCCCACUCGGCGGUGGCCGUGAACUACCAUUACCAGCAGAUGGACAGGCAGCAGACCAGCAGCACUCCCCGGUGCUGCCUGGCCCCUGCCUCUGCAGCCAAGUUCCCGGAAGCUGUCCUGGCUGCUGGCCUGACUCCUGAGACUCCUGUGGAGAUUGUAGCCCUGGAGCACAAGGAGACACACUGCACCCCGAUGCGGAGAGGUGACUCCUGGACGCUGAUGCUUCGGGACACCAUUGAGGACCUUAGCCGGCGGUGGAAGGGCCGUGUUCUGAACGCCUCCCAGUAGCCUGGCUGGAGGUGGCUUCCUUUAGCUUCAGAUCCCAGGGAGGUGCACCCUCUAAGCUGCCUUGUGCACCCUCCCCAUUAAGCAUAGGUUAGGAGGUUCCUGGGAGGCUGCUUAGCUGGGUCUGGAGCCAGCUGGCUUUGCUCUGUUCCCUGGCUUCUCUGUGCCCGGUCAUCAGGGAGGCUGAGUGAGGGGGUGUGAACAGUUGCCAGAAGUACCCCCUCCCUCCCUGGCUCGAGCAGCAGUGUCACAGCUGUAGUGAAAGUUUCAUGGCCUGCAAAAGAAGAGCCUUGGGCACAGGAUUGACCAUGGCUCCAGGGGUUUAGGACCCCAGACCUGUGAAGGUGGGGGUGGCUCACCCCCUUCAUGCAGGCCUUAUAUGGUCUCUGAGCCUUAGUUGAUUUGGCCCCCCAAACCAAAUCCAAAGCUUCUGGCCCGCCUUGUCAGAGGCUUCCACCCUGUUCACGUGUUGGGAAUCCCUGGAAUAAAAUGUUUUUUCAGUGUGA